AUGAAUGAAAGGUGGGAGAAAGGAAUUGUUGUUGGUAUUUCGAAUGAAUGUUAUUAUGUUGCGUCAAGAAAUGAGGUAAAACAUAAAAUUUUCCAAUUUUUUUCAUAAAAUUUUGAAAAAACCGCGAAAUUUCAGGAAUAUUUUCUACGCAAAAAUUCGACUGAACACUCCUUCAAAAUCGGCGAUUGUAUGGAUUUCACAUUUGGUAUUGUCGAUACAUCGAAUGGUCAAACACAUCGAGGAAUCGUGUUGAAACAUGAGCGAUGUGCACAAUUUGUCGAAUGGAAAUUGUUGAGAACGAAAAAUGCGGCGAUUCUGAAGUCGGAUAUUAUUGAGGUGACUGUUGAGAAUCAUCCGUAUUCGAAGCGACCGGUUCGAUGUGUGCGGACCAAGUUUCUUGAGGUAGUUUUGAGAUUUUAGGGGGCUUCUAAAGGCUUCCUAAGGCUUCUAAAGGCUUCUAAGGGCUUCUAAAGGCUUCUAAAGGUUUCCUAAGGCUUUCAAAAGCUUCUAAAAGCUUCUAAGGGCUUCUAAAGGCUUCCUAAGGCUUCUAAAGGCUUCUAAAAGCUUCUAAAGGCUUCCUAAGGCUUCUAAGGGCUUCCUAAGGCUUCUAAAGGCUUCUAAGGGCUUCUAAAGGCUUCUAAAAGCUUCUAAAGGCUUCUAAAGGCUUCCUAAGGAUUCUAAAGGCUUCCUAAGGCUUCUAAGAGCUUCUAAAGGCUUCCGAAGGCUUCUGAAGGCUUCUAAAGGCUUCUAAAGGCUUCUGAAGGCUUCUAAAGGCUUCUAAGGGCUUCUAAAGGCUUCUGAGAGCUUCUAAAGGCUUCCUAAGGCUUGUAAAGGCUUCUAAAGGCUUCUAAAAGCUUCUGAAGGCUUCUAAGAGAUUCUGAAGGCUUCCUAAAACUUCUUAAGGCUUCUAAAGGCUUCUAAAGGCUUGUAAAGGCUUCUGAGGGCUUCCUAAGGCUUCUAAAGGAAACAUUUCAGAAAGUUUAUGAUAGUGAUGUUGAUGUUGAUCGAAAAACACACGGUCUAACCGAUUCGGAUUUAUUGAAUAUGAAAGCUGUUGCUAUUCGAGUCACCAACGCAGAAAAGAAAUAUUUUUGGGCGAUUCUUGGCUGCGAAAGAAAAUUAAAUGAAUCCCUGCAAAAUUUCACGAGUGAUAGGAACAUGUUAGAAGGAAUUGUGCUAAAAUUGCCAACAAAACCCGGUUAUGAUACAAUCUAUGUUUGGGUUCCCGGAAGACGACGAAGUCUUGUACUUUCUCCGAGUGCCAGGUAUUUUUUUUGUGUUCUGAAUUUCUAAAAAAAAAAAGAAUUUAAUGUGUUUUCAGAGGAAAUCAACCACGCGAAAAGUUUUUGGGAAAUUGGAUCUCGUUUUCUGUUUCUCCUGGUGUUUGUGAAAUCGAUGCGAACAGCAAUAUUCAAAUUAUUGAUGAUAUUCUUCCUACAAGAUUUCAUUCAAAUUCAUUUGAAGUUAGAGUCGAUGUUUCAUUUGAAUAUAAUUGUGACCGAAGAAUUCGAGUUCCUGAAUUGAAAAGUAGAGAUUGUGGAAUUGUGGUGGAUACAUCGGGAACUUUAGGUAAAUUAAUUUUUAAAAAAAUUAUUUUAAUUUUGAAAAAAUAAAAAAUAAAUUCAGAACGAUACAAUCGAUUGAGAAAUUUUGCUGAUCGGGCUUGGGUUUAUACUUUUCCUUAUGAUUUGUCAAGAGAUAUUCGAUUUGUUCUUUCGGAGAAGCAAAAUGAAUGGGAUCGGUGAGACUUAUUGGAACUUGAGCUUGAAUUUCAUGAAGGAUUUUUAGAUUUGAUGAACGAGAUUAUGAAUAUUCUGGAUUUGGAACAUCUCGAGAGCCAAGAAAUCAAUUUUAUGAUGAAAAUUUGAACGAACAAAGAAGAGCUACACCGAAUUCUGAUGUUGAGUGAGUUGAAUAUUUUUUUCUGGAAAAAAAAAAUCAAUUUUCAUUCAGCUCUUGGGAUCGAGAAGAUGAUUUGGAAUCGAGAAAAGAGAAAACUGGUUUUUUCAAUCGAGAAAAAUCGAGAUAUGAUAACUCAGAUUUGAGAAAAAGGGAUGACUCCAACAGUAUUCCAUCAACAUCUCGAAGUUUCGAGGAAUCUCAAUCAAUUCGAAACAAUUUGACAAAAUUAAAGAAGAAAUAUGAUUAUUUGACUGAAAAUGAUAUGGAAAUACCGGAAAAAUUGAUAGAAGAAUUGAAAAAGGCUAGAAUUGAAGAGCAAAAUUCAGCGAAAAUCAAGAAUUUCAAUUAUGAUGAUUUUGAUGAGAAUCAUUCGAGAAUUUCCGAAAUUCGAAAACAAAGAGAAUUAGCGAAGAUUGAAAUUGAUGGGGAAGAAUUGAGAAAAUAUAAAAAGGUUGAUUUAUUUUUUGGGAAGAUUUAUAAAUUUAAAAAAAUUUUUGCAGCUUGUCACUUUGUUUCGUGAUAUGAUGUCGUCUGAAAAAGUUUGCGAUGAAAUGCGAAAAUUUGAUGAACGUUCUAUGAAAAAUAUUAAUCGACUCAUUUUUGAACUAUAA